CGACUUGAGCAAGGCAUCUCAUGCACGCUCAACACAACCAAUAACGGGCAAAAAAAGGGGGUAAAAAAAGCAAAAGCAAAGCAGUAGCGGACCAACCAGAAGACAAGCCCUCCUCCUCCUCCUCCUCCUCCUCCUCCCAUCCUUGGACACACCCUGCUUCUCUCUCUCUACUAUUUCUCAUCGCCCACGCCGUUUGGACGGAGAGCUCUUCCUCCUCCAUCGUCCUGCAGAAAGCCGCCCGUCUCCUCCCUUCCUCAUUUCCACCCUAUCGGAGGACGCCUAGACCACCUCCAGCAGGCUGAGACCCGCUUCGAAAGGCCAAGCUUAUUAUUUUUUAUCUUUUUUUUUUUUUUUCUCCUUUUUCAUCUUGGAACUCGGAGGAAAACACAAAAGGUGUGCGACGACAGCGCCGAAGCUUUGGAGAUCAACGCGCAGAAGAGGGAGCUAGUUUUCCUAUCCAGUGUCCUAGAAGAAUGGUUACUCAGAUAAUCAGCACCAUGGAAACCCAGGUGUCCAACGGUCCCAGCGGAACCAGCCUGCCCAACGGCCCCGUCAUCAGCACCAAUGGCGCCACGGACGACAGCAAAACCAACCUGAUUGUCAACUACCUGCCUCAGAACAUGACGCAGGAGGAGUUCAAGAGCCUCUUCGGCAGCAUCGGGGAGAUCGAGUCGUGCAAGCUGGUCAGGGACAAGAUCACGGGUCAGAGUCUGGGCUACGGCUUCGUCAACUACGUGGAUCCAAAUGACGCGGACAAGGCCAUCAACACGCUGAAUGGGCUCAAACUGCAAACUAAAACAAUCAAGGUAUCAUACGCCCGACCGAGCUCGGCGUCCAUUCGUGACGCAAACCUUUACGUCAGUGGACUCCCCAAAACCAUGAGCCAGAAGGACAUGGAGCAGCUUUUCUCCCAAUACGGUCGCAUCAUCACUUCCCGUAUCCUAGUGGACCAAGUUACAGGCAUAUCACGAGGAGUGGGCUUCAUCCGGUUUGACAAGCGAAACGAAGCGGAGGAGGCCAUCAAGGGCCUGAACGGACAGAAGCCUCUGGGCGCCGCCGAGCCCAUCACUGUCAAGUUUGCCAACAAUCCCAGCCAGAAGACGGGCCAGGCUUUGCUGACUCAGCUGUAUCAGACGGCUGCUCGCCGCUACACAGGGCCCCUGCACCACCAGACGCAACGAUUCAGCGUGAUCCCUUCUCUUGGAAAGGGACCAGAUCCAAAUAGCAGCUCAAAACCAAUACUCGACAAUUUACUAAACGCCAGCUACGGAGUCAAGAGCUCUCCCACUCUCUUCCCCAGAUUCUCCCCCAUCACCAUCGACAGCAUGACCAGCCUCGCCGGCGUUAACCUGACCGGGCCCACCGGAGCCGGCUGGUGCAUCUUCGUGUACAACUUGUCGCCCGAGGCGGACGAGAGCGUCCUGUGGCAGCUCUUUGGGCCUUUUGGCGCUGUCACCAAUGUCAAGGUCAUCCGUGACUUCACCACCAACAAAUGUAAGGGCUUUGGUUUUGUCACCAUGACCAACUACGAUGAGGCCGCCAUGGCGAUCGCGAGCCUUAACGGCUACCGCCUGGGGGACCGCGUGCUGCAGGUUUCCUUCAAGACCAGCAAGCAGCACAAGGCCUAAGGGAGGGGCCUGCUGGCGCCAGCACCUUUGACCUGCACAGGGGGGCUAAAUGAGCUCCCCGUGCCAUCACACUAUUUAUGGGCCUGGACUGAGUCUCUCUCUGACGCUUUCUCACACAAAUCCACACUAUAUAAUCGCAAAAACACACACAUAGUGACACACAUGACCAAACAGAUCCAUAGGCAAGUAUCCACAAGUCAGGAGUUUCAAACAAACACAGCAGUGGAGUUUUUCUGUUCUCUUUCCACGACAUGCUAGUCCUUCCCUGUCUUUGCCUGGAUUGAAUUAGACGGGGUACGUAGCUGCUUUGUUGGGUAGGGGAGUAAGAGCGAUCUAUUUAGGAGACAGUCUAACGAAUGUGACAAAGAAUGUUCUUUGAUUGAAUUCAGGCAAAUGAUGAACAAAAAAAAGACCAAUAGCGAUCAAAAAAUUUUAAACGAAUAUGUGCAAUUUACUUCAAAACUUUGACCCCCACAUCAUCUCUCUCGUUAUCUUGCUUUGGAGAGGAUGCAGUCACUUUUUUUUUUUUUUUUUUUUUUACACUCGGGGCAUUUUGAAAAUCGGUGACUUUUUUUAAUAUCAAAGAAAAUGAAAUGAAAAACAGUGUUCUCUUAUAUACAUCUAUCAAAAUAUAACUAUAUAUUCAAUAUUUAAGGUGGUAAUAAUAGCCGAAUAUGUAAGCAUUUUCUAAAAACCUUGACUACUGUUUCCUGACGUGCUUUAUUGAGGCGGUAAAGGCAGUUUCUCUACCCCUGUGCAACUUUGUUAGCGCUGACCUAAUGUGACAUACAGUAAGUGAGCUCAUUAAUCUGGGAACAAAAAUUUGCCUGAUUGCCAUAAGAAUCACAUCCCCCCCUCAACACUUCCUAAGAAAAACAGAUCCCACAAACAAGAGGAAAAAAACAACAACAACCUAUCUUUUCUCGGGCCAGAUUAAAGAGAAGCAGACUUUCUGUGAACUAAGAGCUGGGUGGUGAUGGCGUACUUUCGGAACGGUCUUGAUGGGCUUGACUUUGACAAACUGAAAAACAGCGGGUUUUUGCAUCGUUUUGUGAAUGGCUUGAAAAAUAGGACUAUAACUGCGUAUGUGACUAGUGUGAAUGCUGCCACACCCAAGAAAAGCCACAUGGUCAGGUUGAUGUAUUGAAAAGAUAUACUUACCAACGACUUAGCACGCUGCAGCGAGAUAUCACAUAAAAACCUGAAAGAGCACUUGUCAGUCUACUUACCCCUGAUAAAAUCCUCAAAAACAUAGCUGCAACUUGCAGUUCCAUUAAAAACAACAAAGCUUUGACUGCAAGCAAUAAAAAUAAAAAGUUUAAUAAAAAGUUUCAAAAUUUCAAUCAAUCCAUCAAAGCAAAUCCAUCUGGCAGUUCUCUGGUAUGAUUCGAUAUGCCAAACAAGACAGCCCUCAUGGUCUGGAUACAAAGCUACUGACACCACAGACUGACCAAUGACUGACCAGGUCUGUAGAGAGAUAUUUGCUAAACACCUUAAAGAGUAUGACCAUUAUUUUGUCAGUUUAGUAUGCAUGAUAAAAUCCUACAAAACACAAAAACAAAGCUAUCCGGCAAUUCCGAAUGUUGCCAAAACCAAGAAAGCGCCUGUGGUCAGGACGAUACAGAGCUGCUGAUAUGAUAAGAUCAAAGACUGAGCAGGUCUGCAGAAAUAUCACUUGAAAACUUCAAAAAGCACCCCAAUUAUUUACCAGUCUAGUACAUGCGGUUCAAAACACAACCGACUGAACAUCGACCACGAGCAAAGAUAUCGAGCUGUGUGGAAGACUAUCAGUGCCCCCCAGCUUUUCUGACAAGAUGGUUUUUGCAUCAAUUUGAACAUUCCCAAACCCUCAAGAACAUGGUCAGGAUGAUAGAGGGCUUCUGACAGACUGACCAAUGAUUGAACAGGUUUGCAGAGCAAUUUCAAUUAAUCAUCAGAGUAGUACCCUGAUAAAAUCCUCCAAAAGUUGUAGAAAGAUGCAGUUAAAAACCGACCAGACAUUGGCCGCAAGCAAAGACACUGGGCAUCGUAAAAGACUAUCCCUCUAGGAAGAAGACUAGCAACUUUGCCCAAUGCUUCUCAGUCGUAGCUUCUUUCAAACAACUCCUAGAAGUAUUGAACUGCCACCCUCAAACAAAAAAAAGAGAACUGCGCAACAUCAAGAUGGCAAAUAAGUGUCACAUUUGUUGUUCUGUCUACAAACAAGAGAACGGUAUUCGGUUUAUUUCGCGCUUCUCAAAAUAUCUCCAACCCAGCUCCCUUAAGGGAACUUUGAGCAUGCCCCGUCUAUCUGAAGUGUCUGUCACAGACCCGACGUAAGCUCUUCCAUGGGGAAGGCUCACGUCUCCCACUAUCAAGACAUCUGCACAUGAUAAUAGAUUUAAAUAGGGUCAACUAUAUUCAAGACAUUUUCUGUUUGUUGCUUUUCUAAAUGACGCUGUGUUAGCCAAAGAGAACGAUCUCUUUGAAAGGAUUACAUUAGAGAUAGAUCUAUUUUUAUACAUACAAAGGAACGAGACCUUGUGCUGAAUUUUUACAGAUUCUUAAGCUUGGGGGAAAAAAAUUGGGACAUCGCAUGGCUUUACUUUAAACCCUCUGAUGUUUGCAAAGCGAGGCGUGGGUAAGAGUGUUCGGGUAGGGAUCUAGGGAAAGGGGGGCAUAGGAACACUAUCGCAGAACAACUUGAACCGCUCGCCCGUGCUGAACUUGACAGUUAGGACAAAAAGAAGGGAAUCUGACAUAAAUAAAUAGGUCAAGCUUAACAGUUGGGGAUAGCCAUGACACAUGCAUCUAUGCUUUUUGACCGCGCCUCUCGUCCUGAAUUUGUGCUCUGAGAAGCUGCGGUGAGACCAUCUCAUUGCCCACAACUGACAACCCGGAUCGCCGUUUGCAAGCGGACAAAAGGGGAUUUUUUUGUGACAAUGCGGCUUUUGCUGAGCACGAUCCUUUAGAUAGAUUUGCAUUUCUUCUGCCAAAGAGUUUGCUUUGCAAAUCAGUGUAACUUUAGCAUCCCCAGAUUAACUGCUAUACAAAUCCGUAAUAGAUCCCGUGAGGACCCCACUGUGUUUGAUGUUCUCACGUUUCGAAUGCGCAUCGUUUUGCGGCCCCGAUGCUGAAACAUCUCAGCAGCAAGCAAAUCCCAUUUGCACACGUUUCACAUGAGACAUCCAAAUGCUAAAGAUGCAUAUCAGAAACAAGCCAUUAAUCAUAUCACCUCUCGACAAAGGAAACAAUAGUAAGCAUUUGAUACGGAACACCUCCCCCGACAUUUCUAUCAUCUGCGAUUGAUCCCUAAAAGUAACGCUUCAAAAUAAAUAUCCAUUCUUUUGAUGUCACUGCUUCAUCGACUGCUAAUAGGCUAAUCUUUGCCGGCAAACAAAGCACCAGUAGGAGUCCGAGAGCAUAAGGCACCGGUGUAAACCUUCCCUGUUUGCGGUGUAUUCACAGACCUUCACCCAUCAUGUACAGCGAAGAGCUCGCCCAGGAGAAACAGGAAACAGUACCACCGCACUGCUUGAGCGACAACAAUAAUCGUUGAAAUAAAAAAAAAGACAAAAAAACUUUCCUAUGGAACAGUAAGUGCAAUGUGCUUUGUUUUUAUAUUGACUGAGAACAAAUGAUAUAUAUUUUUAAAAAAAGAAAUUAAACGUCACACUGAAAAGGUCUGCUGAAUAGCAAAAGGAACACAAAAAAGGAAAAAAAAAAAAAAAAGACAGCAAGGGAAGAGAUCAGAUGCGAGCCGGCUCGUUAGGAGAAAUCAAACGAGAGCUCUGAUCUGUAAAUUUCCAUAACGACCUCCUCAGCCCCUAAUUUGUGCUCUGACCAUGCAAAUUGUCUGACUUAAUAGAGCAAUCCUCAGUGACCUCAAAAGGAAUACUGUCUAAUAUAUCAUCAGUUUUAGCCCAUGUCAACUUCAAAUAUCUUUUUUCGUAAUUUAUUGAUUUCAUUUACAUAUCAGGACUCACUUGUUGAAUUUGUGUAUUUGUGUUGUUGAUGUUGCCAUAGGAAACACAUAUGGGUCAAGAUUACGUUUGGUUGCAUUGAUUGAGUAUGCUUUCUUUUCCUUCCAUUAUCAAAUUAGUUGCAGUUUUUUACAGUGUAUGCAGAUUUUAGACUUAGAUUAUUUCCUUUCAAUCAAGCUGUGUUUCGAUUGUGUUUGUAAAAGUCUGUGGUAGCUUUUGUUGCAACAUGAAAAAAUAAUUUAAACAGAAAAAAUUCAAAAAUAGCGCCGACAAACUUGUAUUAUUUGGGCGACUUUAAGCUUGUAGUUUUAACUUAUUGUUAACUUAAAAAACUAUUUAUUAUGAUUAUUAUUAUUGCCUCGUAUAACGUAUGUUUUGUGUAUAUUUAUGGUUUAUUUUGUUAUAUUUGCAAGGUUAAAAGACUUUUGAGUUUUUGCCAAAAUUGUGGUUACACCAUUUCGUUUCUUGAGAAAAAAAGGGGAGGGGGGCAAAUAGAAAAACAGCUUUAGAAGUACGAUCUGGAAAUGUUCUCCAUAGUCAAAGAAUGCACUGCUAUAUUUAACUAAUUGAAGUGUAUAAACAUACAUGCUGUGUGCUAGAUGUUAUGCCUUUACUGCCUGUGUUCUGUCUGUCUUGUUCAAUGAAAAUAUUUUAAUUAUUUAAUCUAAUCACAGUCUUGUUUUUUCAAACGCUCAGCGAGCCCCCGAGACACGGCACAGCCGCCUCCUUCCAGGAGUAGGAGGGGGCGGGGGUUGUCCCUCACAAGAUGCUUUCCUGCCUGCUCAUGCUUAAAGGCUGAGAAUAGAAAGAAUUUAUAACCAUCCUCCAAAACUAUUUGUGUAAAGUCAAAUGUUUCUUUUUGGCCAAGAGUUUAUGAAUGACAAGCAGCAGGAAGGUCUUCUUGUUCAAAAGAGGGGACCCGGGCGGGCGGGGGGCGCGUGCUCCUUCUGUUUUUCAACCAACUGUAUUUUGUGUCUAUUUAUUUAGAAGAGGGGACGCAGUAUACGUAGUGAUGUUUUUCUUACAUUUUUCCUGGAAUGGUAGAACAAAUCAAAAACGAUCAAAGUAGCGGGAAUACAAAAAACAAAACACUCAUACUUCCAGACAUGACCAAACGAGCAAUGAAAAAAAACAAUUUCAAAGAGGUAAGAGAAAAAACACACAAAACCUUUCAGUUUAGUCUAGGAAAUUUACUACUGGGAUUUCAGCUGAAGACGCUUGAAGACUUUUUCAUGGAAUUGUUUGAUUAUUUGUACUUUACAUGCCAGAAAAAAAUAAAAGUUACAAAUAUGA